AUGCAGAGCAAGGCCAAGCUGCUGCUGGUCCACAACGGCCGCAUGGGCCCGGCUGUGUCGGAUGGAGAGUUAAACGCCUCCAGGGCCCGUGGCAGCAACCACAGUGUGAACAGCCUGCCGGGACCGCCGGCCACCUGCGGCUCUGCACAGGGGUCUGUGGUCAGCUGGGCCGAAUCCUUCGAGACGCUGCUGCAGGACCGUGUGGCCGUCACCUACUUCACUGAGUUCCUCAAGAAGGAGUUCAGCGCUGAAAACGUCUACUUCUGGCAGGCAUGCGAGCGCUUCCAGCAGAUCCCAGCCAGUGACACGCAGCAGCUGGCCCAGGAGGCACGGCGGAUCUACGAUGAGUUCCUCUCCAGUCACUCGAUCAGUCCCGUGAACAUUGACAAGCAGGCCUGGAUUGGGGAGGACAUGCUGGCCACCCCCUCCCCAGACAUGUUUCGCAUCCAGCAGCUCCAGAUCUUUAACCUGAUGAAGUUUGACAGCUAUGCGCGCUUCGUGAAAUCCCCACUCUACCAGGCCUGCCUGCGGGCAGAGAGCCAGGGACAGCCCCUGCCCGACCUGCGGCCCCACUCCCGCAGCAGCAGCCCCCCGCCUGACCUCAGCAAGAAGUCGAAGCUGAAGCUGGGCAAGUCCCUGCCGCUGGGUGUGGAGAUGGCAGGCAGUGGUGCCAACCGCAGCCCCCGUCGGUCCUUCAGGAAGGGAGAACGGCGGGAGCCCUCCUGGGCAGAGGGGGGAGAAAGCGGUGGGAGCGCCAUGCUGUGGCGGGAGUCCCAGGGCUCACUCAACUCCUCGGCCAGCCUGGACCUGGGCUUCCUGUCCUCGUCCUCGGCCAGCACAGCCGCCAGCCCCUGGACGGAGGGCCAUCGGAAGAGCCUGGGGGGAAGCGAGGCAGAGCUGCCAUCCAAGCCCAUGAAGUACUGCUGCGUGUACCUGCCCGAUGGCACGGCCUCGCUGGCCUCUGUCCGGCCUGGCCACUCCAUCCGUGACAUGCUGGUGGGGAUAUGUGAGAAGCGUGGCUUCAGCCUCCCUGACAUCAAGGUCUACCUGGUGGGGAAUGAGCAGAAAGCACUGGUGCUGGACCAGGAGUGCUCCGUGUUAGCAGACCAGGAGGUGAAGCUGGAGAACAGGAUAAGCUUUGAGCUGGAAAUCUCCUCCCUCAAUAAGACCAUCCGCAUCACAGCGAAGUCAACCAAGCGCAUCCGGGAAGCGCUGCAGCCCGUGCUGGGGAAGUAUGGCGUGAGCAUGGAGCUGGUGCUGCUGCGGCGGCAAGGUGAGCCAGCUGCCCUGGACCUGGAGAAGCUGGUCAGCACGGUGGCUGCUCAGAAACUCAUCCUGGAAAUGCUGGCAGACAUUCGAGUGACAGAGAGUGCCAAGGCUGCAGCUGCCCCCUCCCCGCUCCAGAGCAAGGAGGGAAGCCCGACAGGAGCAGAGCCUGACACGCUGUGGGAGAUGCCCUCCUCCUUCUCCCGGCCCCAGUCUUCAGCUGCCACGAACCUGAACCGCCGCACAUACGACCUGGAAGGGCUGGUGGAGCUGCUGAACCGUGCCCAGAGCUGCCGGGCCAACGACCAGCGUGGGCUGCUCUCCAAGGAGGACCUGGUCCUGCCUGACUUCCUCCAGCUCCCCGGGCAGGAUGACAGUGCCUGCGAGGAGUCAGAUCAGCCCCACGCCCCUCACACAGGCUCCGAGGGAAACGGCCAUCCUAAGCCCACAGAGCCCACGCUGGCUCAGCCUCCGGUCAACCACGAGCUCCGAUGA